AGAAAAUGGGGAACUAGGGCAGAAAACUUUCAUUUCCUUCUCUGUUUUCUUAAUAAAACCUACAGCCAUCUUUUUACGAGACGAAAAUUUCAUUAGAUGCUCCAUAUAAGUUCCUUAAACGUUAGGUUUUAAUCUUUUAAACGACUGUGCAGACUUUGACGGUAUAGCGACGUUUCCACUUUGUGAUCUACCUGCGUUACUGCGGUGAGAGAGCAGCGCGGCCGGCAGAUGGCAGCAGUGAUCACUGAGGAGAACGUGUACAGCGAGGCGGAGGCGGAGGGGAACCGAGCGCCCCCUGCUGAUGCACACGAUCACGUUGAGGAGUUUCUCGGCCCACAUCCUGACUACGAUGAGGAUGUGGAGGAGCGCAAGUACUACAGACGAAAGAGGCUGGGUGUAGUGAAGAACGUGGUGGGGGCCAGUUGCGGAGGAAUGAUCAUCUACAGCGUUUACAUGGGUCUGUUACAGAUGCAGUUAAUUCUGCACUACGAUGAGACGUAUAGAGAGGUGAAGUAUGGUACUUUAGGGCUGGAGGAUAUUGACAACAAAAUGCUGAUGGGCAUCAACGUUACACCUAUUGUCGGCCUGCUCUACACGCCGGUGCUCAUUAGAUUUCUUGGUACUAAGUGGAUGAUGUUCCUGGCUUCGGGCAUCUAUGCUCUCUUUGUAUCAACCAAUUACUGGGAGCGAUAUUACACUCUUGUACCGUCAGCUGUGGCCAUUGGUAUUGUCAUUGUUCCUCUUUGGGCAUCACUUGGAAACUACAUCACCAGAAUGGCCCAGCAGUAUUAUGAGUAUGUGAACUAUAAGGACGAACAUGUCCAGGAGCAGAAGAAGCCCCCCAAAGGAGCCGUCCAUCCUUACAUCAUCAUUUUCCAGUCCGUCUUCUACAUCAUUUUCCAUCUGAGUUUCGUGUUUGCCGAGUUCCCCAUGGUGCUGUUUCUGAAUCGCUAUCUGAAUGAUUACAAACACACUCUCUUCAAAGUCACGCAGUGUGGAGCCUCCGGGAAAGGGGUGAUAGAGAAUUUAAAUAAGACCGUUUUGCUCAGCUUGCCUCGCUCUCUGCUCCUUAUCGAGGUGGAGAGUGUGCUCAUGGGGGCAGCCUUCCUCGCCAUGCUCAUCUUCCUGGUGUUGUGUGGAGCUGCAUAUCGUCCCACAGAGGAGAUUGACCUCCGCAGCAUCGGCUGGGGGAACAUCUUCCAGCUGCCCUUCAAGCACUUACGAGACUACCGUCUCCGUCUGCUCUGUCCAUUCUUCGUCUACUCUGGCUUUGAAGUGCUCUUCGCUGUCCAGGGAAUCAUACUGUCAUAUGGAGUGUGUGCAGUAGGGAUGGAGAAGCUGUGGUUGUUAGUUAUGGUGUAUGGUUUGUCAUCCUCCAUCUGUUCGGGCCUGGCCCUGAUGCUGCUGCGCUUGCCCAGGCAGACUAUUCUUCUAGUGGGUGCCUUCAUGCACUUUGUGCUAAUUAUAGCCCUUAUGUGCUGGUCGCCCCAACCACGAGAGCCUAGCUAUCUUCCAUAUCUGUUGGUGCUCACUGCCCUCUGGGGUCUGGGUACUGCGCUCAACAAGACUGGACUGAGCACUCUGCUGGGGAUGCUGUAUGAAGACAAGGAGCGACUAGACUUUGUUUAUACCAUCUACCACUGGUGGCAGGCCAUUGCAAUCUUCAUCGUCUAUCUUUGGUCUGCAUUGCCUAUGCGGGCCAAGCUUGGACUCCUAUUGUUGACUCUCAUAGUGGCGUGUUUCUGCUACGUCCAGAUGGAGCGACGCCUGGCAAAGAAAAUUCCUUUCAGGUUGCCACGGAUUCCACGUCCACGACACAAGGUCAAAGGUUACCGAUACCUCGAGGAAGAAAAUUCUGAUGAAUCUGACACAGACUUGAGUGAUGCUGAUGCUGAUGCUGAUGAGAAAGAUGAGGAUGAGAGAAGGUUGGUUGAGGAGGACAGAAAUACAGACAAGGAUUCCCAGGGUUCACCGGGACCGGAGAGGAGCAGGGUUAGGGACCGCAGAAAGAAACACGACAACUCUGCCUACGAACAGGCAGCAGAGAGGGAGGACUAUGUACAACACAUAAGGGACUAGAAAAGGAGAGGUGAAAAGGUACGAUUGGGGAUUGAAAAGAGAUGAGAGGAAGUUGUAAAAUACUGAAUGGCCAAUUGAAAGAGAAGCGAUGGUAUGGGCAGCAUUUACUCACUUUUAUUUUAAAUAGUGCUUUUUUUCUUUGGAAAGAAAAAGUCUAGGCCACCGAUGGAAAAAAUGAAGGUCAGAAAGUAGUUCACAGUGUAAAAAUAAAAGUAGAGGUGAACCAAACAUUUCAUUGAAAUGAGGACUGCAGAUACCUUGUAAAGUUAGGUGGUUUGUUGCCAUAGAAAUGGAUAUUUCUGCAUUUCAGACUUGGUCAAGGUGAUGUACUGGAGUUGUUAUUUCAUUCUGAUUUUUUUCUGUGCGCUGUAAUUCUUUAUUCAAUUCAUAUCUGUUUUCCUGAUUGUAACUGAA